GUCGGGAGAGUGACUAAUAGCAUUAAUGUGUUGAAGGCCACCAGUUAGUAGAGAGCAAAUGGUUAUGAGCCUUAGAGUGUCGGAGCUCCAAGUGUUACUGGGCUAUGCGGGACGGAACAAACACGGUCGUAAACACGAACUCCUGACAAAGGCACUGCAUUUGUUGAAAGCUGGCUGCAGCCCAGCUGUUCAGAUGAAAAUUAAGGAACUAUAUAGGCGGAGAUUCCCACAGAAGAUUGUGACACCCGCUGACCUGACCCUUUCUUCUGUCCAUACAACUUCAACUUCCAUGACUACACCAUUGUCGCCAGCUGCUAUCCCACAGCUCCCCUAUGAUGGGCAUGCAACAACAUCUCCACUGCUUGCUGUUUCUCUGUUGGGACCUAAACACGAACUAGACCUGCCACAUCUGACAUCAUCGCUCCAUCCUGUCCAUCCGGAUGUAAAACUGCAGAAAUUGCCCUUUUAUGACAUUCUUGAUGAACUGAUAAAACCAACUAGUCUAGCUUCAGACAAUGGUCAGCGGUUUCAGGAGACUUGCUUUGCAUUUGCAUUGACACCUCAGCAAGUUCAACAGAUUAGCAAUUCAAUGGACAUAUCUGGGACCAAGUGUGACUUCACAGUUCAGGUUCAGUUAAGGUUUUGUUUAUCAGAAACAAGCUGUCCACAGGAAGAUCAUUUUCCACCGAAUCUCUGCGUGAAAGUAAAUGGGAAAACCUGUAACCUGCCAGGUUAUCUGCCACCAACCAAAAAUGGUGUUGAACCAAAGCGACCUAGCCGACCAAUUAAUAUUACCUCACUAGUCAGAUUGUCUACGACAGUGCCGAACACUAUUGUGGUUUCAUGGUCAGCAGAAAUUGGAAGAAACUAUUCCAUGGCAGUUUACCUUGUAAAACAGCUGUCUUCAGCAGUAUUGCUUCAAAGACUGCGAGCUAAAGGAAUAAGGAACCCGGACCAUUCCAGAGCAUUAAUCAAAGAGAAAUUAACAGCGGAUCCCGACAGUGAAAUCGCCACAACAAGUUUACGAGUGUCUCUGUUGUGUCCUCUGGGCAAAAUGAGGUUGACAAUCCCAUGUCGUGCAGUAACCUGCUCGCAUCUCCAGUGCUUUGAUGCAACUCUUUACAUUCAGAUGAAUGAGAAAAAACCUACGUGGGUUUGUCCAGUCUGUGAUAAGAAGGGUCCUUAUGAGCAUCUAAUUAUUGAUGGAUUAUUUAUGGAAAUCCUCAAUUGCUGUACAGAUUGUGAUGAAAUUCAGUUCAAGGAAGAUGGAGCGUGGUCGCCAAUGAGAAUGAAGAAGGAGGUCCAGGAAGUGAAUUCCGCUUAUAAUGGUGUUGAAGGUGCUUGUAAAAGCUUGACUGAGCACAGGCAUUCAUCUCAAGAUAAUAGAAAGGUUGAAGUGAUUGAUCUGACGAUUGACAGUUCUUCGGAAGAGGAGGAAGAGGAACCACCUGCAAAGCGGUACCCUUCGAUAUCUUCUCCAUCACCACCCAUCAACAAGGGAGUUCUAAAUCUCCACCAUCAGACAUCACCAGUAACAAGAACUCCAAGCAUACCAACUCUGGAUACCAACUUUAUCUCUGCUCCUUUUCAAGACUACCGUCAUUCAUACCACUUACCAACUCUGCCGUAUGAACUGCAAGGUUUAGACCUAUUUCCCUUUUUACAAGGAGAUAAUCAGCAUUACAACACCUCCCUCCUUGCUGCUGCUGCUGCAGCAGCCAGUGCUUCAGAGGAUCAGGACCUCAUUCACUCUUCGCUCAACCGAUUCUUCCCUUAUGGCUCUUCGCAGAUGUUCCUGGAGCAGCCAAACUCUGCACCUGCCAAUACACUGGCGGUAACAAACGGCAGCAGCAGUGGAAGUAACAGCAGUCUCGUCUCUUCCAGCAGCUUGCGGGAAAACCUCGGGCAUCCUGGGGCUAACAGGAGCAAUGUGGAAAGUGGCACCAUCUUUGGCACCAUGCCAGAUGUUAUUUCAUUGGACUAAGAUUUGAAAUAAUAAGAUAUAAUGUGUUUUUUUUUGUGUGGUUGGGGUGGUGGGGGCAGGGGGUUGGGGCAGAAAGAGGAAAAGAAAAUCUGGUUGGUUUCAUCUUUUAAAAAUAAAUUUAGAAGUGUAGAGACCCUUUUUUAAAUAAACAAAAAAAUUUUAAAAAGACAUCAUGUACAGAGAACAAAAUACUAUAUUUUCAGUUAACUUUUGUAUAUAAAUUCGAACUGUCUGUCUUUUAAGGUUAUUUCAGUUCACUUUGUGAAAGCAGAGUUUUUACGAUGUAUUUGUCUGUUCUGUGAUAUUACUUUUUUGUAUUUGUUGUUCGAUGGCAUUAUUUCCUUCGCAGUUGUCAUUAUUUCAAUUAGGAAUUUUCCAUUCAUGUACUUCAUUGUAGAAUAUUCUUUCUUUCAGAAAGAACUGCGAUGUCAAUGGUUGACAACAAUAGUAUUUUCUUUUUUGUGCAAAAUAAUUUUAUUAUACUUUUUAAGUUAUGUAAAGAAUCUCAACUGUUUCCCAUAUCAUUCCCUCUGCAUUUGCAGGAAGUAGCUUUGGAGAAUGCACAGUAUCGUACAAUUUUUCCACACAAAAAAAAGGCCAUUUCUGUUUUUUUUAAAUUGGUGUUAAGCUAUCUCCUCUCAAUUUUGAUUUGUGUUUCAUAUUACAAAGUAGCAUUUUUCAAGCAUUAAGGAAUUUUUAAAUUAAUAACAGAGGAGUGAGUUCUGUCACACCUUUCAUACUUCAGAGAGUCAGAAAUUAAUUUCACUUUCAAUGUUACAUGAAAAGCUCUAAUUGCAGAAUAUCUCCACAGCUUGUGUAUUUUUAUUUUAGUUAUUUUCCCAUUGUGCAUAUAGUACUGUCCGUUAAGCAGUGUUUUAAGUUUUAUAACCAGCCUUCCAGGGAGAUACCAGCUUCAAUGUGCACAUAUCUGAUGUCCCAUGACAUAAACCAUCUACUUCUACAUGAUAUACUCCCAGCUGAAAUGGGACUGACAGAAUUCGGAGAAUCAUGGGCAUGUUAUUGACUUAUCAGUUAAUCAUACUGUCCCUUACAUGACCUUUUGUUUUAAUUCAUGUUCCAUUAAUUUGAUGAUGCUUAAUCAGUGCUCUGAGAUCUUUGUCAUGUGUGACAGCCCCAACUGGUUGUUUUCCAAGGUGAAUUCAAUUUCCCCUCUCAUAAUGCAUUCAAUGGCUUGAAUACAAAGAGCAGGAUUGGCAGGCAAAUAUCUGGAAUGUUAUUAGCUAAAAAAACCCAUCGUUUUAAUAAUCUGUAUCUUUAUCAUACACCUCCACUGUUAUGUUACGUAUUGAUUCAGUUAGUUCACUGGAGAAAUGACUUGUUUUUGUAUGCUGUGUUCUACUUAGAAUUAUGUUGGAAAGACACCAUCUGAUACAGGACCCACCAGUGUAACUUCAAGUUAUACAAAUCAAGAAGUUCCAAGUUAAGUUUCAAGCCUGUGUUGUUAGUGGAUCCAAGCUUGGCAUAGUGGGGCACUGUAAUUGACACCUCUUUGAGUUGAAGUUAUAGUUAGUUGGGGUUUCUGCUCCUAAUUACUGAUUAGUGACCUUGCUUAAAAUACAUGUAGGUAUAGAAUCAGGACAGCUUCAGAUUUGUCUAUGUUUUGUGACCUUGUACACCCCUACAGUUGAAAUGUCCUUUGGACACACUCUGUAGACAUGAGGAAUGGUUAAUAAUGACCAUUUAAAUAAGGACUUGGAAAGUGAUCUAUCCAAUGAAACCAUACACCAGCAACAAGAGAACACGUUUCAGAGAUGAGAAAAUGGAACAAGUUAUAACCAAAGAAUGCAAAUGAAUGAAACUUGAGUAAUAGAAGUACAAUUGGCUGAGGUAGGGGGAGAAGUUGAUUUUUGUCAAUUGAAGAUUAUGUAAGCUGAUCUGUAGUACUGUCCAAAGGAUCAAUUGUUUAGCCACUUAGUGAAAAUGAUUCAGUGAGGAAUAUGCAAGGGAGUUGUAUCUGGUUUAUAAAAAUGUGUUACAAUACAUGCAUCAGGUCUGCUGUAGCAAUGAAUGGGCUUGAUGUUGAAACAGUGGGCAGAUGCUUUAUGCUCUAAUUAGCAUUUAUUUCUAGCAUUCUCCUUGGUUCACCAAUUCCAGUUUUAAUGGGGCUGAAUACAGUGGAUUUGGUUCAUUGGAAUCCAAUACUUGGAUGUAAUUUGGUUACGGGCCUGUCUUACGUAGUUGGAUCUUUCAGGUCAUGUGCUGCAUUUUGGCAAGUGAAAGGAAUUUUUAUAGGAGAAAAACUAGCUUGUAUGCAGCGUUAUUUACUUGACACUUAUUUUGGAAUUAUCCAGGAGUGUGCCAUGUUGAGAGUCUAUUUAUACUGGAAAUAUCACUGUAAGUAGAACUCUCACAAGCAUGAAACUCCACCUCUUCAGUGAAUUUGUAAGUCCUGUAAUCCGUUCUCUCCGAAGGUGUCAAAGACAGCUCUAAUACUUCUACUGCCUUAAAUCUUUCACAGUGCUGGUUUCCAUGACCGCAUGCCAAACCAGAGAAAUGGCCUUUUUUUUUAUAAUUGAGUAUAGUAAACCAGUGUUGGUUUGUAUAAAGUACCACGUGAAAAUAUUUAUUUCAUGCAUUGAAAGCAAUUGUUUACCUAAUGAAUGUUACCUGUUAAUGUAGAGAUCUUUUAGAUGUAAUAAAACAGCAAAAACAUCCCAGCAACA